AUGGCGCCGGGACGAGAAAGCUCAUGGCACCGCUUGGAGAAGCGACUGGACGCGCUCGAGGAGGGAUUCCGGUCUCUGUCGGAGGUGGUCCUCUUGGAAUUCGACGACGGCAAGGCGACAUUAACGUUUGAGCUGGAAAAAGUGGCGGCGCGAUUUCGCGCACAAGAGCGACUCAUUGCGGUGCUGGAGAGCCAAUGCAAUCGAAUGGACACGAAAUUCCAACAGCACAUGUUUAUGGUGGAGAAGAAGCUGGACUCACUGCAGACACAAGUCACACGCGUGUCCGUGGCGGUACUGGAGAAUGAAGCUGAAAGAACUCGAAUGAACGCAAACGUGGACCAACUCCUGUCGCGGGAAAGCGAGUACAUACGAAAGCAUCAUGCCAUUCAAGCAAACCAAGAUCAGAUGGGCGAGUGGCUGCAAAAGCUCAAGAACGACUCGACUCAAGUCCAUGCAUUGGCCUUUACUAUGCAAGCAGAACACGAGGCGGCACUCUCGUCUCUUGCAUGCGACACGACAGUCCUGGCAAAGGAACUCGGUACACUGCGGCUUCAAAUAAAAGCUCAAACAGCAGAAUGCCUGGCGCAACUCAACUCAUUCACAGACGCACUUGAGCAACAGCGCCAUCAUGAUCGAGAUCACAUGGAAAAGGAGGUUGCGGCAUUGCGUGAGUCUCUGCAAACAAGUGAAGCCACCACACGUUCAUCGAUUGACGCCCUGAUAAAGAAUUCGUCGAGAGUACGGAGUGCAGUUGACGAAGGCAUGUCUUUAUGUACGUCCGACAUCAAGGUUCUUCGUGGCGAAAUUCGGAACACAAGCGACACGGUUCGGACGUCUUUGGCGUCAUUCAACAAUCAGAGCACCGAGUUACAGUCGAAAGUUAGCCAUCUCCUGCAUGCCGUCCAGUCCCUCGCGAGCAUCUUGCACCUAACCACCCCCAUCCUCGCAUAAGCAACCCAUACUCCAUCGUCGUUUGUUCCUUGGCGCCUCAUCGUUGUUACUUCGAAGUAGUUGUG